UCUGUCUGUUUAUGCAUCUAUUCUGUGUCUGUUUGUUUGAGGUUGAGUGAAGCAGAUUAGGAAUAGUUGACUGCAGACAGAGACAGAGUGGACGGAAAAAAAGUGCUAGGAUGGCUGGAGUAUGGCGUUGCAUGUUGCCAGUGGUGGUGUUGAUGUGCGUGUGUCUGUGGGGUUCCACUGAGGCUGUAGGGGGGGCUGUAAGUCGACCGCGACCCACCAGACGACCUUAUAAGAAGCCAACGGUCAACCCUAUUGACUUGAGCCCCGCUGCACAGAACAUCAACAUACAACAGAUGGCAGGAACAUGGUACCUGCUAAACACUGCCUCCAAAUGCUCCUACCUGAUGAAUCAUGGAACCAAGGUGGAGCCUACAGUCAUGACCCUCUCGCUUUCCACCGACCAAACACUGUCUGUGAGCACCAAAACACGACAUAGCCACCAGUGUUGGGAGAUAUUACAGGUCUACAAUGAAACACCAACCCCAGGCAAGCUAAAACUUAAAGGAAAUCGUCCUGAGCUGGACACUGAGAUAGUGAUUGGAGAGACGGACUACAACUCCUAUGCGAUCAUGUACUACCAGAAACGGGGCAAGAUCACCAUGAAGCUCUACGGCAGGUCUGUAGACAAUCUGUCCGAGCCUAUGUUGACCAAGUUUGAGCAGCUUGCUGAAAAACAGGGUUUGGGGCUGGCUUACCUCUUCCCCUUCCCCACCUACAGUCACUGUGGGACUGUGGACCAGGACCAUGUAAUCAACUGUGUCCCCACAUGCUGAGGAGGCAGAGCUGAGCAACAGACAGAUCCAGCCCUGCAGUGUUCCACAGUUCACAUGAGAAUAUCUGAGGAUUAUAUCAUUUAAAAACGUCAAUAUCAGCAAAAAAGAAAAAAGUUAACAAAAGACUGCAACAAGGUCUUAAUAUUGUAAAACCUGAAAUAUUGCGAGAUAUAGCUGAAUAAAACAAAAUGGAGCACAGUCAA